GCUUUGAUGCCAGAUGUAAAAUUGUCCGUGGUACUAAACACUCCACGGUGCAAUCAUAGUCUCAGUUUGCACUACGUUUGGGCAGAAUGCAUGUCGACUGGUCUAGGUGUUGCCUCACAUAAACACACCGCUCUUGCAUUCUGGAAUGGUCCACUGCAAGGAUGAUGUAUACCGGACAUGGUCAUGCACAUGGUCACGGUUACGGUCUAAACUUCAUUUCGUAACUUGGCGGAUUCCAUGAUCCCCAGAUAGCCAGAUCGAGUGAAGCGAGCACAUCAAUUACUACGACAGGGUCUCAUCAGCUCAGUAUCCACAUUCGUUACUUUUCUUUCACUCUUUUGGUUUUUAACCUAUCCAUUCGUUCAAUACAACACUCAUUUUUUUUCUUUGCGAAGCAUCUCCAACAUGCUCUUCUCAGCCCAAAAAUUUCUCAUCGGAGCUACUGCUCUUCUCUCCACCUUUUCUGCAGUCAAAGCCCAAACCGACUGCGACAACGGGCCAUGGGAAGGUGUCCAGGUCAUCGGGCCUGGCACGGGCGAGACCUUCUGCGCAACCAAGUUCCCCCAAGGCCUUGUUGUGACCGGUAUUGAGGUCUGGGCCGAUUUCGACUUCGUCCGUGCCGUCCAGUUCUACUACUCCGAUGGCUCAAACAGCGAGCAGUACGGUGUGAUCGCUGGAGAAAAUCACGCUCGUUUGGACUGGGACCCCGCUACUGAUGUUAUCAGCCAGGUCAAGGUUUGGGGCAAUGGUCGAGGAAAGGGCACCGGCCGAAUCUACGUCCGCACUGCAAGCGGGAAGGAGUUGAACGUUGGAAAGAACACUGAUGGUCAGAUCGUCAUUGAGCCUCCUGUCAAUUCUGGUGUUUUGCUUGGCAUGGUUGGAGCUAAGGGAGACUAUGUCGAUCGCAUUGGUUUCCUUUUCCUGAAGAGCAAGGUCGCCAGGAUGUCGGUUGACAACGUUGUCUUCAAGGAAACUCCCGAGGAGCUCAAUGCGCGAAAGCAGGGUCUUGAAAUGUUCACUCUCGAUUACGCUGACCAUACAAACAACCGCCAGGAUGGCAACGAGACAUUCACCUUCACCAGGUCCACCACCCAGUCUACCUCCAGGAAGUACUCAACCAAGAACACCAACACCUUCGGCUUCGACCAAGCCUUCAAGGUCAGCGGCAAGCUCCUCGGCAUUGAAAUUGAUUCCACUUCUACCCUCAAGUACGGCUAUGCGAACGAGCAAGGACAAGAGUCCUCUACAGAUGCAUCGGUUACCCUUACCUACUGGGUGGCCAACAACAUGAAGCCCGGUGACCGCGUCUUUUGCCGUGCUACGGCAGAGCGAGGCCGAUACAACGGUGCCUACACUGCCACAGUCAACGUUGAGAUCGAGAGUGGAGAGACGUUCAGCUUUGGCAGCUCCGGCACUAUGGAUCAAGUCCAGUGGAGUCAAGCCUCUUCGGAGUGCAGAGACACCGACUUCACAGCACAAGAGAAGCAGGUCAACCUCGAGGCUCGCCGCGCUCUCAAAUUCAUGGCUUAG